CUAAAUGAUUAACUAGAACAAUAAUGUGUGAGAGUCUCCGCUCACUUGUGGAACAAAGUUUAAUCUACAGCAGCCAUGGACCGCAUGGUUGCUAAGGUAACGGAAUGCUGGCGUCAACAGACAGAGCACUGGAACAGCACAGAGAGGGCUGUUUUCGCGAGAAACCUCGACUCACCGCGCCGUCAUAUCGUCGUGACCUUAGCUAGUCGAGAAGAAUUUAUUGAAUUUAAAAGCUCGUUAAUAUAGGUGAGCAUAGAACACAAACGGAGAAAAUGGCUGUUUUCUGCUUCCUAGCAGGUUUUCUGCCUGCCUAUAACUUGGGUUCAGUUACUUGUGAACCAUUCCAUCAGGGGGUGUUGAUAUUGAAAGUAAGCUGUUGCAAUGAGGUUACUACUGUCGCUUACUGGUGUUGUGCUUAUUUGCCAUCAACUCACGACCGCGCUGUUAGUGAAACAGUAUAACUGCGACAACUAUGUGCUUUCCUGGUGUCAGCUUCACAAUGUAUCGAUACGAUCGGAUAAAGAUCUUCAGUCCGUUGUUUUCCCUAAAGUGCAGCAAGUUGGAUUCCUGAAUGGGUCGAUUCCUAUAUUUUCGCACCUAAUAAAUCUGAGUUUGUUCAACGCAGGAGUUUUGAGAGUUUUUGCCCGUGGAACCACAGUGAAUCGACUUACUCUACCAAACACUAUUGAACAACUAUACUUUAGAGAUAACGACAUGUUUUCGGUGGAAAUCGAUCCCAAUGUUGCCUACAGUAUGAGAUACUUAAGAAUUCACGUGAAUAAACUUAGAGACAUAACCAACUUUAAACAGCUGAAGAACCUCGUUGAGUUGAAUCUUUGCGAGAAUCUUAUCGAACACGUAUCGUUCGAAAUCUUCGCAGAAAUGAAGCAGCUUAAACAGCUUCUGCUUUGUGGCAACCGAAUCAAAACCAUUGAGGCAACCAUAAAUAUCAACUUGCCUAAUCUUUAUCACCUAGAUCUAUCGAGCAAUUAUCUUUUCAACCAAACCUCUCUUGAAUUUUGGAAUUUUCCACGGUUAGGAAAUUUAUCACUUCGCGAUAAUCUGAUCACAAAUCUUAAUGUCCAAAUUAUUGCCCAGCGCUUCAAAGUGCUGAAAAUACUCGACGUCGAGCAUAACUCCUUGGACUGUACGACAUAUCGGAACAUGCUGGAAUUGGUCCGACAGCGGAGCAUAAUCUAUAACGUGGAUAAACGAAUGUGCAGCGCACCCACGGUGAUUCGUCGCUUCGUUACCCCGUUUGACGAUACGACGAACGACGAUGGCCAGCUACAGAUCCGCCAGUUGAAGGAACGAAUCUAUCAGCAGGUGAAAAUUAUCAACAAUCAGCGGGCAGAAAUUGAUCAGCUCAGGAACAAUCUAAGCGCACUGAUGGAACAGUUCGAUCUAGUCGUUGGCCCGCAAGCGCGAGCCAAUGACGCGUUUUAAAUUAAGUCGAGGAUUAAUAAUAACAUUAGAGGUAGGAGGAAGCGAAUAUUCAUCUUGCUUAGUUGUGAUGACUUAUGGUAAUUUAUUCAUCCGUGAGUGUAAUCACUAUCGAAGAUGACCAAAUCUGAAGGGAGCAAGUGAGAAUUCAUAAAGAAAUAAGUGUAACCUUUGUAUUAUGUUGUAGUGUUGUUGUGCGCAGUAACAGGUUAAGUCUAGUAUCAACCUGAGAAAGAAAUGUGUAGAAAGUGUUCAAGCAAUGUUAUUUUUCUAGCGAUUUCUUCAGUAAUUUACCUUGAAUUAAAUAGUACAAAGAACAUCAGCAGAAUGUAAAAACCUGUCAUUUUAUUUGUAUAGUUUGUUUGAACGAUUAUAAUUGUUUCUAUCGUUAGCCAGAAUCAAUACAAAUGAAUGUUUUAGAAAGGCAAUAUUAUUGAUCCGGGAUAUUACUUUGCCGGUUACUGUUACUUCA